GUGUGUUUUUAUUGUGCGUCAUUAAAAUGGCUGCUUCUGGUUUCGCGCGUGGUCUCUUGGAGAAGUACGGUUGGUCCGAAGGCAAAGGACUCGGAAAAAAUGAAACCGGCAUUGCAAAAGCAUUGAAACCGAAGCUUAAAUUUGAUACUGCUGGGGUUGGGCACAAGAUUGACCUGACGUCCCAGUGGUGGAGCAAGGCAUUCAAUGACGCAGCUAAGAGCAUCAAGGUCGACGUGUCUGAUGGCACUACCACUAUUACCAAAGUAGCAAAAAAGGAAAAGAAAAGGGCCUUGCCAAAGCAUGCAUACAGUGGUUUCAUUAAGGCUGGGGUUCAAGAUGGAUUCAAUUGGCUCCGAGCCUCUCCUGAACCUGCUGCGCAAGAACACGAUAGAGACGUAGAAUUUCCUGAAAAUGUACUAGAUGAAGAAAUUUUCAACGCAUGUCGUGGCCUCACAGCACACAAAGCUGCAAGGCACGGUCAUAAAAUGAGUGGAAAACUGAAACGUGUGCAAGAACAAGAAGAUGGCCUGUGUGCAACGAUAAGUGCCAAGAAUGAGCCAUUAAGAAAAAGACUUGCAGUGCAGAAGAACAGAGGCCAAGUUUCCCAAUCGGAUGACACUUCAAGCGAUACGCCAGCUGCUCUGCAUCAGGAGCCAGAUCGCCCAAGAAAGAAGUCUCACAAACGUGAAAGAAGGAAAAGAAGAUGAAAUAAUGAUGUGGGCUGAAGUUUAAUAUAAAAAAAUACUUUUGUACAGUUUUACUGCCAUCACCUAUUACAUGCCAUACAAUUGCAAGAUG